AUGUCAGCCAAAGCUCUUGCGUGCGUGCGUAGUACGACCGCGAGCGGCUCAGCUAUCUACGAAACUGAGUGUGCUGUGCACGAAUAUCUUCAAUUCCACUACGAGGAGCCGUCAACGAUUGUUCCCUACGACUUCGCCCCUUUGGACGCACUGCAGUUCUUGCCGCGGAUUGUUGAGCGCUGCUCAAAAUUAUCAAACUUAUCUCAGCGCGGUCGUGGUCUGGAUCUCGGCUGCGCAGUGGGACGGGCCACGUUUGAGCUUAGCAAGUAUUAUGACGAGGUUAUCGGGAUCGAUUUUUCCCGGCACUUUGCGAAUGCAGCCAAGGCCAUGAAAGAGAAAGGAAUUGUGGAGUAUAAAGCACACAUUCAAGGAGACAUCUUCGAGGUACGUUGGGCGAAGCUACCUGCUGGUGCCAAGCCAGAUCAUGUGGAUUUUUUUCAAGGGGAUGCGUGCAAUCUUUCCCCUUCUCUCGGAAAGUUUGAUGCAGUAUUGGCUAUAAAUCUGUUGUGUCGCCUGCCGGAACCUAAGAUUUUUUUGACCAAAAUUAGCGAAUUUAUCAACUCUGACGGUAUUCUCGUUCUCGUAAGCCCAUAUUCGUGGCUAGAGGAGUACACGACCAAGGACAAAUGGAUUGGCGGUGUCUGUGGCGCAGACGGUAAACCCGUUGAAAGCUUCAAUGAUAUCAAAAAAAUUCUCUCAAGGAACUUCGACUUGAUUGAACGCCGUGACUACCCAUUUAUGAUUCGCGAGCAUGAGCGCAAGUAUCAAUGGGGCGUAUCUGACGGCAGCUUUUGGAAGCGGAAAUAG